AUGUUCAAGAUCAUCGCUCUGGUUGCCUGUCUGGCGGUCGUCGUAUCAGCCUAUGAACACGAGGAUUACCAUUCCCAUCCCAAGUACAAGUUCGAAUACGGUGUAAAGGAUGCCCAUACCGGAGAUAACAAGGAACAGUGGGAGCACCGUGAUGGCGAUGCCGUACAAGGAUCGUACUCUCUGCACGAAGCCGACGGCACCCACCGGGUGGUGAACUACAAAUCAGACAAACACGUCGGUUUCCAGGCCCACGUACAGCGAGCUGGACAUGCCCAGCAUCCGGCUGUGUACGGUGAACAUCACGAUGGACAUGCACAUGGACAUGGCGGCGAAAGCUACGCCAACAUUGAUCAGCAUCACUAA